AAUCUCAAAAUUGAGUUUUUGCCCGGACACUGCCUUCAAAUCUAUUCUUGUUUUUCUCAGAAAAAGGAAUGGAUGAUGACAACUUGUAACCACGCAAUGUACGCAAUAGUUGAUGUAUUCACACAGUUCUUCCCACAACUCAGCGAGCUAGUUUUACCAUCUAUCUACGAACAGUUCGCCGUUUGUAUACAACAGAAAAACGAGCAGCUAGCACGAUCUACGGUUAACUGUUUGGAGACUCUGAUUUUGCUCAAUGGCGAACGAUUCACCGAUGACAUGUGGGAGAAAACGGUCAAACUUUUCCGACGUCUUUUUGCAGCUACACUACCGAAAUCCCUGUUGACUUGGGAACCAGAUCGACCUGCUUCGGGUGCUGUAAAUGACUCAAACAACGAGGAGCUUGAUGGCAAAGUUCCGAGCAUUGACGGACGACCUAAUGGGUCAAUCCAUCCCGACGCUGUGUUCUCUGAACAAAUUGUUUUCUGUGUAGUGCAGUCAGAACUGGUGGAUGCGGUUACGUCUAUAGUUCUAGGAGCGAAGAAAAGCACAGAUGAAAUAGUUCUGAGCAUACCAGCGAUGAAGUCUGAACAGCCCAAUGGUUCAGACUACAAUAACACUGUCAGCAAAGGUUUGUUCAGUACCAUGGAUCCCAUUCUUUUACUGAGGUGCGUCAAAGUAGUGGACCGUUUACAGUUUUGUGACAGCGAUAAAUUAUUUGUAGCCUUUGCGAUGCAUUGGGAGAGAGCCAGCGAUUAG